AUGUUUAUUCAUUUUUUUUUAUUUUCAGAUAAAUCGCAACCAAAACAGUCCGUCACCUCUCACUCACUUCCCAGUCCUAUAGAUGUCGCUUCCACACUGCAGAGCAAUCCUGCUACCAAGCACGAAUCUGUUACUGCUCUUUUGGGAGCUUGGACCGAAUUGCUUCUUCAUGAUCUUGCUAGCACAGGUAACAUGAAGAGUCAAGAUUGCUGCAGCGAUAAUGCUAAAAAACACGGGGAAUGCUACGGAAAACUUGGUAAUGGACAGUGUAGGGAAUAUAUGAGGACUUUGCCAGCCGUUGAUAUGGAUACUUGUGAAUUUGGUUACCGUGACCAAAUGAAUCUAGCCACUUCCUUCCUGGAUGCAUCGGCGAUCUACGGAAAUACAGACCAACAAGUGGAAAACCUCCGCACCUACGACGCUGGUUUGGUUAACGUAUCUGCAUGUUCGGCAUGCAGAUCCAAUGCUCUUUACUCCGCCAUCCUAAAGGAGCACAACAGGGUGGCAGUAAAUCUAGCGCAACUGAAUAAACACUGGAACGAUGAGGUGUUGUUUUAUGAGAGCAGGAGGAUUGUUAUUGCUGAAUUGCAACAUAUAACUUACAAUGAGUACCUGCCUAUUGUUUUGGGAGAGGAAGCCAUUGUACAUUCUGAACUGGAACUAAAGACCCACGGACGAUUUGCUAAAUAUUCCAGUACUCAAAAAGUUGGUGUAUUUAAUGAAGUAGCCAUAUCCGCCUUGCCGGUUCUUCUGUCAAUGUUGCCAGUUAGUGUGAUGAACGAAACCGUCGAAACCUUCGCUGAAAUGAUCGACCUCCUCAUCCAAACACCUGCUCAAGCACCCAGCGUCCACAUCAUGGUUCCGAUUCGCAGAGAGUGGGAUACAGCUUCAUUAUUCAUCCACAUGGGCAGAGAUCAUGGUAUUCCGUCGUACCCUAAAUAUUUACAGUACUGUACUAACUCAACCAGCAAGAAGACGCCAACCUUCGAUAGUCUCAAGGAGUUUGGAAUAAAGGAUGAGUACAUUAAAGCGUUAAAAUAUAUGUAUAGAAGCCCGGAAGAUAUCGACUUGAUGGUGGGAGGAUUAUUGGAAAAAGCUAUUCCAGGUACUGUAGUGGGUUCCACUUUCAACUGCCUUCUGAAAAAACAGUUUCAGCUUCUUAAAGAAUCUGACAGAUUCUGGUACGAAAACGAUCUACCACCAAGUUCCCUUACAGAUAGCCAACUAAAAGAAAUCAAGAAGAUAACGGUAGCCAGUCUUCUUUGUGCCAAUACCGAUGAUUUAGAAAGAAUUCAACCCAAGGCCUUUGUCCAAGAAGAUCCCUAUUUGAACGCCAGGAUAUCUUGCGAUCAACAUCCCUUACCACAAUUGUCUGAAUGGGUUGAAAUGGAUCAUAUGUCUGAUUUCUCGGAAGAUCUGUUAAUGGACGCUCUAGAAAAGGCAGAAAAGGACUUAAUGGAUCGAAGAAAAAUGGAAUACAAAGUGUGGAGCGAAGUUGGAGGAAUAAACCCUAAAUCACCCCAAGGAGUGGCAGCCGCUUUCAGUAAAGCCAAUAAAGGUGCUCUUAAACUAGCAAACACCUCACUGCUGUUCGAAUUUGCUUCCAAUGAGAUAGUUAACUCCUUGAUCCACAGAAGAAGGAGAAGACAAUUGUUUGAUAACAAUGCUGUAGCCGAUAUCUUCAGAGACGAACUGAGUGACGCCUUGCAGCAAGUUGAUCUUGGGGCUUUGAUUCCUCCACAGACAUUUGAUGUAGAUUUACAAUGUGAUGAUAAUGGUCCUUGUGAUCCAACGUCACCGUUUAGAACCUACACUGGGCAUUGUAAUAAUCUUAGAAAUCCAGGAUGGGGAAAGAGUUUAACUACUUUUAACAGGCUACUUCCUAGUGUGUACGAUGAUGGUAUUUCAAAACCAAGGACUAUCGGUGUCACAGGAGUCGGCUUACCAAAUCCCAGAGUCGUGUCAAGAGUUAUCCAUCCUGAUAUAAGUAACCUUCACGGCAGAUACACAUUAAUGACUAUGCAAUUCGCACAAUUCUUGGACCACGAUCUUACUAUGACUCCCAUCCACAAAGGCUUCCACGAAUCUAUACCAGAUUGCAGAUCGUGUGACAGUAAAAGAACAGUCCAUCCCGAGUGUAAUCCAUUCCCAAUCCCAUCUGGAGAUCACUACUAUCCCGAGAUUAACAUCACUUCUGGAGAAAGAAUGUGUAUACCAUCUAUGAGAUCAUUACCAGGUCAACAAAAGUUAGGACCCAGAGAACAGGUGAAUCAAAAUACAGCAUUUUUGGACGCAUCUCAGGUAUAUGGAGAAAACCAUUGUGUUUUAAGAGAUCUUAAAGGGCAAUUUGGAAAAAUGAAUGCCACUACUCAUCCAGUAAGAGGAAAAGAAUUGCUGCCUCAAAGCGAUAAGCAUCCGGAAUGCAAGUCUCCUUCUGGACAAUGCUUCAUAGCAGGUGAUGGACGAGCUUCAGAACAACCAGCACUGACAGCCAUACACACAGUCUUUAUGAGAGAACACAACCGAUUAUCAGAUCUUUUAAGACAAAUAAACCCACACUGGGAUGAAGACAAGGUCUUUGAACAUGCACGAAGAAUCGUUAUAGCUGAAAACCAGCAAGUAGCAUACAAUGAAUUCUUGCCAAGAAUAUUGGGUUGGAACGCUAUGAACUUGUAUGGAUUGAAACUCUUGCCACAUGGUUAUUACAAAGAAUACAAUCCUGCUUGUAAUCCUUCAAUUGUCAAUGAAUUUGCUGCAGCUGCAUUUAGAAUAGGACAUUCUCUAUUGAGACCACACAUUCCAAGAAUGAGUCCUACCUAUCAAAUCAUCAAUCCACCAAUUCUCCUUCGUGACGGUUUCUUCAAAGUAGACAUUAUGAUGAGAGAAGGCAUGGUUGACGAAAUUACCAGAGGCUUAACAGAAAAAACUCCAUUCUCUGGAGUCGAUCUUAUCGCACUCAACAUCCAAAGAGCAAGAGAUCACGGAAUUCCUUCAUACAACAACUACAGGGCACUAUGUAACCUGAAAAGAGCAACAAGUUUUGAAGAUCUGGCCAGGGAAAUUCCACCAGAGGUCAUUUCAAGGCUUAAGAGGAUCUACCCUACUGUUGAUGAUAUAGAUUUGUUUCCUGGUGGUAUGAGUGAAAGACCUUUGCAAGGUGGUUUAAUUGGACCCACUUUUGGAUGUAUUAUUGCUCUCCAAUUCAGACAGUUAAGAAAAUGCGACAGAUUUUGGUAUGAAAACGAAGAUCCAGCAGUUCGUUUCACAGAGGCCCAAUUAGCAGAAAUAAGAAAAAUAACUUUAGCGAAAAUUCUCUGCGAUAACAUGGACAUUCAAGGCGAAAUGCAAAGAGCAGCCUUCGACCUACCAUCUAACUUCCUAAACCCGAGAGUUCCUUGCAAUGCACAUCCAGCCAUAAACAUAAAUGCUUGGAAGGAAACAGCAAGAGGACAAGGAUGUAUAAUUGGAGAUAAGCAGGUCAGUGUUGGACAAUCGGCAUUCCCUAGUCCUUGCACAAGCUGUAUAUGUACAUCUGAAGGGGGCAACUGCGCUUCCUUGAGAGUCACAGACUGUCGACAGCUUCUUCGUGAGUGGUCAAAAGACGACAUCCUACGAGAUGAAGUAUGUACUGCCCAGUGCGGAUUUCUACUCAGGGAAUCAGCAUCUGCCAACUUACCUCAGAGCUUGAAUCCACCCCCGCUCAGGAACGUCAGAAAUGGUCGACCACAAUUCCGAAACACAGACGGUUUCGACAGUUUCGGAGGAUUUAAAUUACCUGAUCUCACCCCGUUCAUAGCCAAGUGAAUGGAUUUGGAGUAAAUUUUUGGACUGAUGUAUUUAUAAGUUUUGUUUUGUUAUGUUUGGAUGCGUAGGGUGUUUUGGUACUAGAAAAAAAUGUUCAUCUAGGGCGUCUUAGUUUUUCCUAUGAUAUGGAAAAACUAAACUCAUACAAAUGGGAACAGCUCUACUAAAGGUUCGAGUUCCAAAUCGGAAAAUAAAAAAAGGUGGAAUAUUUGGUAUAAAUAUUUUAAAACAAAUUAGACUUUUAGGAUAAACCAACUACAUAUUUACUUAAAGUUUAUGAAUGUCUUUUUAGAACUGUGUAGUUUUUACUACCAUAUUCUUACAGUAAACUCUGCUAAUGGUGAACCAUUAUCGUUAGUAAUAUCGUGUAAACUCUGGGUGCCAAUCACUGAUUUUAAAAGGUCUUCCUUACCCAAUUUGUCAUUGAAAUUGACCAAUACUCUUUUGACGUAGUGUAUGGGUAGUCAACUACUAGUAAUAGGUACUUAUUACCAAAACCUUUUUAUACCAGGAUCUUUAAGAUAAUUUAUUAAGCUCUCUUUCUAUGUCCAUUACUGAACAUUGGUUAUUAUAUUGGCUAUUAUAAUUUUAUUCCUUGCAGCUCUGAAAAGAAGUGAUUCAACCACGUAGCAUACGUAGGUAAAUCACAAUGAUUAUGAAGAUAUGAUAUUCUUUUGCGACCAGCACUCCUCUUUUUCCCCAUUUUGCCUUGAUUAAUGAGAUGGAUGACUCAAUCUUAUUCUGGGUGUCUCUUCUUCUUCUUCUUUAUAGGCCGUUCUUUACAUAUUAUAAAACAAACAUUAUUUUUUAUUUAAAGUACCUAUUUAGUUGCAAAUAGCCUAAAAAUAAAGUAGACAGUCUAACUGUUCCAUACUAGAGACAACAUGUUGAAACCCAAAACACCCUUUUAAAAAAAAUAUUACGUCGUGUACAGAUUUAGUGAAGAAUAUUUUGUGCCAGCAAAUCCUGUUGUUUCUAAACGUUUGUAAAAUACUUUUUAAAAAGAAAUGGUUCAUUAUUCUACCAGUAUAUAAAUGUAUCUUGCUCAUAGGGCCAUAUAAUAAGUACCAACAAUAAUGCAACUAUUUUGCACGAGUUUAGUAAAAGUUUCAAAUUGCAGAGGUGGGUUUCUUUAAAAUUAUUCUUAUCUAUGAUUAUCAUUUUAAAAUUAUCAUUUUAAUAUUUACCAAAUAAAAUUGGGAAAUUGCACCCUAUUCAGGGUUGGAGGAUUAUGAGAUAUUUGGAGAAAAAGUAAACAAAGCAGUUGUAGAUGUUUAAGCAAUAUCAGAUCAAAUAUGUUACUUAAAAGUAAGAGGCAAAUACAGAAAGAUAAGUAUUAUUUACGUACAUGCCCUAACAUAAGUUAAAACUUUAGAAACCAAAACAGAGUUUUAAGAAAAGCUAAGCAGCCUAAAGGAGCGUUCUGAAAGAAGGUGGAGUGGCAUUCUUCAAAAUACGUUAUGGGCAAAGUACGUGAAAUAUCGUUUUUCUUCUGAAUAUUUGUGGUUUACGAUCUCUGAAUAGGACACGACUAUGUAUUUAUGGCUUGUGCGUGAUGUUUUCUUGUUUAUCGGUAAAUCAGCACAAUUAAAAAAAAUCGGAAGCUGAUACGCGGCAUACCCAACCUUUCAGCCGCGACUAGGAGAGGUAUGGUCAAAGUUAAGCAAAUUUUAUUAUGAAUUGGUCUAACGAAUGGGUGUUCGAAAGUUUAUCAAUGUGCAUUGUAUCAAAUACUCAACUUAGUAAAAUCUUCACCGGCAAUAUUGGUGGACAAAACUAACCUAAAUCCUGAUAUUGACGGAUCACCCAUCCAAUAUUUCUACUCACAGAUUUAAAUCAGUAGGUGUCGGCGCUACCUAGACUUUAGUACCUUUCAAGCAGUGUGAGGAGUUAAGUGAUAACAAGAAUGGACCUAAUACUGACGAAGAAAGUAAUUUUGGAAAUGAAAACCACAUGACUAAAAGUAAACAUAAGACGGAUUUCUAACAAGAAGCAGAUAAAAUUGACAGAAGUGAUACUAAUAGAAGUGAAAGUAAAGAAAUUGACAAUCGAGCAAAAGAGUAUUACACGGGAAAAGAUAGAAGGCAAUGAAGAAAAAGAGCCCUGUAAAAAACGUACGAACUCGUUCACAUAACAUAAUAAAAUGCCAUUUGCCAGGACCAAAACGUAUUGCUUGAGAAAAAAAGACGGAAACAUCUGGAGUCUCUUUUUCGCUGAUAUAAUGAUAAACACGAUAGUUCAUUACACUAAUAUUUUUAUAGAUAUAAUAUAAUAUAACAGUUUUCAAGGAGAUCGAAAUGCACAAGACACAGAUUCAACAGAAAUUUAAGCAUUUACAAAUAUAUUGUUCCUCAUAUGUUCUUUCUGAUCAUCCAAGAUAAACUUACACAGUUUCUGAAAUAACUUAAAGGGAAAUGGUUUGGAAUCUUGCUACUUAUCCAAAAGUGAAUCCAGAUUUCACUUCUUGAUACUAUGCUUACGGUUUGACAGUGUUAUUGAUAGAGAGAAGCAAAAAAUCAUUGAUAACACAAUAAGAGAUUAAAUUACUUAAAAACUGUUUAAGCUUACUUUUCACCAAGUGAGUACCACACAGUCGACUAACAACUUCUAGCAUUUAGAGGUAGAUACAGCUUCAAGCAGUUCAUACCGAGUAAGCUGGCUAAAUACGGCCUGAAAGUAUUUGCUUUAACUGACACUAAGACAGCUUACACGUUGAAUUUGAAAGCCUAUGCAAAUAGGCAGCCAGAAGGUCCUUAGCAAGUAAGCAACUCGGGAGAAGAAGUUGUGUUGCGUGUAGUUGAGCAACUAUCUGGAUCUAAUCGAAAUAUUGCAGGCGAUAACUGGUUAACUAGUAUUCAUUUGGCGAAAAGGCUUUUUACAGAAAAAACACUAACUAACGUAGAUACGAUGAGAAAAAUAAACGGUAAAUACCAUUGAUGGACAACUCCUCCGUAUUCGCCUUUCUUAAAUGCUGCGCUUUAGUGUCCUAUUGGUAAAAAAAGAACAAUGCUGUACUAGUUUUAGCCACAUUUCUUCACACUGUUAAGUUUACUGGAGAUGAAAAUAAACCUGAGGUCGUAACUUUUUAUAAUAUGACCAAAAUAGGGGUCCACCUAGUUGACCAACUUUGUUAACACAAUAAUGUUGCGCGCAACACUAGGCGUUGGUCGAUGGUACGGUUCUACGGUUCUUUACCCAAUAAAUGCUCUUUGCAUUUACAAAUUUUAUCAUCAUAUGAACGAGAAGAUAUUAUCACCUGUUCGAUUAUAACAAAACUUAAGUUGGAAGUUGAUCAAACCUCAACUAAAACAAAGGUCUCAAAAUACAAACAUUUCAAGUAAGAACCGGCUUCCGAGGAAGAUGUUGUGUAUAUGGAAGAAUUUGGGCUAAAACCACCAAAACAUUCUGUUCUAAAUGUGGUAAAUGUGGUAACCAUUUGAAAGAAAUCUGUAUAGACUGUCAUGAAAAUGAGGUUAUGUGAAUGUAUUAUCGUUAACUUGAUUUUAUCUUGAUAAAAACAUUGUAUUCAUUAUAUAUUUUCAUACAAAAUAAACUAAAAGUUAAAAAAAAAACUGGCAAAUAAAAAAUGGAUGACACUUUUGUCCCCCACGCUACUAAAUAUGUCAUUCUUAGUCACACCACUUAUGGAGGGUUAAAAAUAUAUAAGAAUAAAUCUGCCAUUUUAAUAGCCAACGUUGGCAAUGGACAGGGCACUUGAGGGAGUAGAAGAAGAAUAAAUCUAGGUAUCACCCAUAUUUCUAGGAUAUGAUAGGAUUUCCAAUAGUUGUCCAUGCUUGUUUUGGUCAUUGUUGAUAUUUAUUAGGUACCAAAUCAAUAUACUUACAAAGCAUUUUAUAAAUCUGCCCUAUAAGGUCGCUAAAUUUUAGACUAAUCAAUAAUAUAGAACCAUUUCUUUAUUUGAUUUAAUGUAUAUUAAAAUUGUUGUAUAAAUUUUUUGUAUAUAUCUAUAUAAUUACCAAUUGUAUUUGUGAUUAAUGAUUCACAGCCACUAUAUAUAAGCUAACAAAAAACAACAAUAUGUUAUUUAUUAUACUUUUGUUUACCUUAUGUAUUACGCGAUGGAUACUUUAUAUUAUUAUAUUAUUAUUUUACAUUUAAUUUUAGGAGUAGAAAUGUAGCCACUGCCCCUAGUACCCUGAAAGUAACUACAGUUAAUAAUAUUAUAACUACAGUUAAUAUUAAGAUAAAUCUAAUAUUAUUCUAAAAAUUGUUCCAGUCCACAUGCUUUAGCCUGUAUUAGAUAUUAGUCAGUAAAAAUUUGAGUACAAUAUAAUAUAACAGACCGCACAUUAUCGUGACGCAUAAUGGAAUGAACACAAUGAAUCUCCGCACAUAAUUAUGGAAGUCCACAGGAAAUUUUAUUUGAAGAUAAGUUAUUAUUAAGAGUAGAUUCAUUAUGACGUCUGGUAUAAAGAGAAGUAGGUGUUUACUGCUAACAAACACAAAAUUAUAUAUAAUGUGACGUUAAAUCAUACACAAAAUAACUUACACCUACUUUGUUAAUUGCACGUCCUGAUGAAUAUUCCACUGAACUGUAGAGGUGGCUGCGGAACAACGUAAAAUCCGUUCAGUUGAUUCUUCUUCUUCUUCAGUGCCUUAUCCGGUCCAGAUGUUGGCGAUCAUCAAGGCUUUCAUGGUUUUGUUGACUGCUCUGCGAAACAGCUCCGCUGAGGUCAUCCCAAACCAUCGUCGAAGAUUUUUCAACCACGAGAUACGACGGCGUCCCGGUCCUCUUCUGCCAAAUCAGGCAGAAUAUCAGUUCAGUUGAAUAUUCACGCAAUUCCGUUGUGUUUUAAUAGAUUUCGCGUUGUUCUGAUCCGCAGUUACGUGCAAGCUCUAAAAUUAGUUAAUAUUAUAUAAUUUUUCAAAAUUGCUGUUGUCUAUUCACUUUCGUUCCGCCAUAAUGUGCUUCCAGCUUAUUACACACAACUGUUGGUGCGCGUCAUUAUUUGCAGUACAAUAUCUAAUUGAUUAUUUAAUCGCAUCUAAGUAAUCGCACGGAUUACCACAGUAGCAUUCCUCCACUAGAAGUUUAAAGGAUUGGAUUGACGCGGAAUACUUGCCACAAUAUGUUUUUUUCUGUUUAGUGUGGCCCAAAUUCAUCUUGGUUGGUCGAAACUAUCCGAAUUGCUUGUAAAACAUAAUAUAUUCUAGGUGGUAGGGAAUCCGUUUUUCUUAUAUUGAUUUUACCAAUAACGGUCGGUUGACUUUUGAGUUGGUUGAUCUUGAAGUUUCCUUUCAAUUAAAACUCUUUUAAUCUAAAGUCUAAAGGCUUGUUUCUUAAGAAAAGUCUACUUAUGUCUCUUCCGGUAAUACUAACGUGAAAGUGGAGCACAGGAUCAGCGUAAAUUGUUUUAGACAUCCAGACAGUGGCAUCUUCUCGGCAGGCAUAUAGAGGGUCAUGUCGCCCAGUGCUGUUAGCCAGAAUAUUGGCAUGGCCAUGAUUGUACCUGAUAUAUAUUACACAAAACUUGGUUUAGUUGGACAUAGACACGUUUGGUGUGCAGGCUGUUGAGCCACACCGGUUCACAGUAUUCCCAAUCGCCAAGUGUAAUCGCUAGAAGAUCCAAUUUGGUACCACAUAAAUUUUGCAGUAUUUUAAAUUUUGCAGUCAUUUUUCUAAGAUAUUCUUUAUAACACAGCAUUCCAUCGAGCGUCACACCUAGAUAUUUUGGGUGUUUAGUGAGGCUGUACUAGUGUCUUUCUUAGAAGUGGAUUUUUAAUUGGUAAUUGGGCGGUUUGUUGUUUAAAUGAAAGAUCGAUAGUUCCGGCUUGGUGGCAUUUUGCUAUAAUUUAUAGCAGCGUAAAUAUUUUCCAAGGGUAACCAGGCCGUUUGUAAAUAUUUGCUACUGUAGUCUAGAAUUCUUUAUAGCUGUUAGCAAGCACCAAGUCGUCUUCUAUUCCGACCUUCUUCGAUGUGGUUUCAGGCAUGUUGCUAUAUAAAGCAUAAAGAAUCAGUGGGUAGACAACAUCGAUCCUUGCGGAAGUUCAUUAUUCAGUUUCAUUUGGGUCCCAGUCUUAUCACCCGUGAUUACUGGUUUUGCUCAUGUGAAAAUGUUCUAAACUGGUUAGGGAGGAUUUAGAAAGGAACACUUGAUAGGACUUGGCAUCCAAAGUCUGCAUUCGAUGGAAAAAUGGAAAAAGAUUUUUACCUAAAAGCGAUAAAAAUAACUAAAAAGGACAUGCAAAGUCAGUAUUGUAAAGAAACAGAAAUAUGGGAUGAUAAAAAUUACAGUUGUACGUGGUCUGAUAACGUGGGAAUGUAAAAAAAAGUAGACAGUGUCGUUGAAACAUCGUGCAUAAUAUAAUUAUAGAUGUGUGUUCUAACCUUGAUAUUAGGUUGUUCCGGUCUCUUUGAAAAUGAGUGCAAGCAAAAAUGCAACAAUGUUAAGUCAAAAGGGUUAAAUAAACAUUUCUAAAUAUACUGUAUAUAGCUGAAGAUGAUGGGCAUCAACAACAGUAACUUUACAUCCAUUAUAAAUAUAGUGUUUAUCUCAUUAUAGACAAUAAGAAUAAUCUAUAAAUGUACCUAUAUCUAUUUUUCAUAGAAAUAUUUAAAAAAAAAAGUGUACAAUUCUUUUUUGGCAAUACGGCUCGUUUAAAUUUUUUAAAAUAUUACAUAUUGUUACAAUUAUGUAUAUUGAUCCAUGUUAGUUUAUAUUUCUUUCUAUUCAAAAAGCUAUAAUAAAAUUCCUGU